AUGAGCACUCUGCUCAAGUUCUACAGACCCUUGUUCUCGAUCCCCUACUCCACUCGGACGGUUCAACUCGGAACUCACCGUUUUCAUAGCUUGUUCAAGCCCAAAAGGAGAAUUCGUUGCGUGAGUACUUCAAGCCACUCUCAGCCGUCGAUUGGGGUAGGUGGUAAAUGGGAGAGUCCAGAAUUUUCGGAGCUGUGGCUGCAGAACACAAUCAGCAGGAAGAAGGAGGUGUUCAGACCCAAAACUGAAGGGAAGGUGGGCAUGUAUGUUUGUGGAGUAACAGCCUAUGACCUCAGCCAUAUCGGCCAUGCUCGGGUCUAUGUUACCUUCGAUGUUCUGUACAGAUAUCUUAGGCAUUUGGGAUAUCAAGUCACUUAUGUUCGGAACUUCACAGAUGUUGAUGACAAAAUAAUUGCUAGAGCAAAGGAGUUGGGGGAGGAUCCAAUCAGUUUGAGCAGACGAUACUGCGAGGAGUUCAAUCGAGAUAUGGUCUAUCUUCAUUGCCUGCCUCCUUCUGUGGAACCACGAGUGUCCGAUCAUAUGCCACAGAUCCUUGAUAUGAUAAAGCAGAUUAUUGAAAAUGGAUAUGCCUACAUCGUUGAUGGGGAUGUGUACUUCAGUGUCGAAAAGUUCCCAGAUUAUGGACGUCUAUCUGGGCGAAAAUUAGAAGAUAAUCGAGCUGGUGAGCGGGUUGCUGUUGAUUCAAGGAAGAAACAUCCUGCUGAUUUUGCCCUAUGGAAGACUGCAAAGGAAGGAGAACCCUUCUGGGACAGUCCAUGGGGUCCUGGUAGACCUGGAUGGCAUAUUGAGUGCAGUGCUAUGAGUGCUGCUUAUCUGGGUUACUCUUUUGACAUACAUGGUGGAGGGAUGGACCUUGUGUUUCCCCACCACGAGAAUGAAAUUGCUCAGAGUUGUGCUGUGUGUAACCACAGUAAUAUAAGCUACUGGAUACACAAUGGUUUUGUCACUGUUGACUCAGAGAAAAUGUCCAAAUCCCUUGGAAACUUUUUCACAAUUCGGCAGGUUAUAGACCUUUACCAUCCCCUCGCUUUGCGACUUUUCUUGUUAGGGACCCACUAUCAGUCUCCAAUCAACUACUCUGAUGUGCAGCUUGAAAGUGCUUCAGAUCGGAUUUUCUACAUUUAUCAGACGUUACAUGAUUGUGAAAGUGCGCUAAGCCAGCAUGAUGUGGUUACCCUGAAAGAUACCAUCCCACCUGAUACAGUGAACAGCAUCAAUAACUUCUAUAAUGUUUUUCUAACAUCAAUGUCAGAUGAUCUUCACACACCUGUUGUUUUGGCUGCACUAUCAGACCCAUUAAAAACUAUUAAUGAUCUGCUACAUACUCGUAAGGGGAAGAAGCAAGAAUUGCGGAUAGAGUCGCUUGCAGCUUUUGGGAAGAUACUUGGGAAUGUUUUGAGCACUUUAGGAUUGAUGCCUGAAAGUUACUUUGAGAUUCUGCAGCAGCUGAGGGAUAAGGCCUUGAAGCGUGCAAAGUUAACAGAAGAUCAAGUAUUGCAAAAAAUUGAUGAAAGAACUGCAGCAAGGAAGAACAAGGAGUAUGAAAGAUCAGAUAUAAUCAGGAAAGACUUAGCUGCUGUGGGGAUUGCUCUAAUGGACAGCCCAGAUGGGACAACAUGGAGACCAGCCGUACCUCUUGCAAUUCAAGAGCAGCAGCUUUCAAUAACUUAA